GCGUCUGAAAGCUGUUCACUGCAUUGAUGUUUCCAAGUGUUUUCAAACAAUAACCUGUUUUCCAGGAGCUCUGGUCGGCGAUGAAUAAAGCCCACAAGCAUGGAAGAGGAAGGUCAAAUUAACUUCAAAGCAAUAAGGGCAAAAUUUCAGGAGGAGGGUUUCUUGGCUCAUUCAAAAAACGGUCGACCAGCAGUUGCUGAAAAACCCAAACUCCUUCAACCGCAUUUAGGACACUCCAGCUCUAUGGUCAGCGGUACUGCCAUGGCUGUGGAAAACCAGACUCCCGAGGUUCCCCGUGUCCUCUUCAGGGAUGGGCAUUGGUCAUCCGGAGGCAGGCGGCCCAUUCCCUUUCCACCUCACCCUAGGCCGACAUCUCCUUCAUCACAGCUUGCAAAUGGAGAAAACUCAUCGAAGCAUUCCUUCAAAGACCGACACAUGCCUCCUAUGCUCCCUGUCCUCACUGUUAAAGAUCAUAAGGUGGAUCCACCUGCAGGAAAGGAGCACAAACUGGAAUCAGAGACAGAAAGAGGAGUUUUCCCACAUGCUAAGAUCAAGAAAAAGGGUUUGUUGCUUCCUUUCAAAUCAGCCAAGGCAUCCAAGCACUCAGCCGAUAAUGGAGAUGAUCCCACAUAUGACGAUUUAAGCUACAGGCCUGGUAGUGCUACCAGUGAAUUGUGCACGAAGGAAAAACGGAUCACCGAAGAACAGGGUUCCCUCCAAAGUGAUCCCUCUGAUUACAGUCCUGAAUCCGCCGUCACCUCUCCUCCACCAGCAACCUACCCUGAUUCUGAAAACAGGAUUCUGAGCACACUGGAGAAGGCCAAAAAAAAGCUUUCGAGGCGUCAGAUUAUGAUUCCCUCUAAACCCAAAAGUUUGCCCUCACCUGACUACAGCUGUAGAGGGAAGACCUUCCCUUUGUCUCCAAGGAAUCCCGACGGCGUCGGUUCAGAUGUCCUCCUAGCUCCACCCGUAUGCCUUCCACACUUUGCCUGUAUUUCCGCUCGACCUUUCUUCAAAGCAAACAACUCCGCUCGUAAGCCAACUUUAGAGAAACUUCUUGUAGUGAAACCCGAACAACUGCCACUGAGGUCUGUUGAAGCUUGUUCCCCCCAGAUUCCCUUAAAGAAGCAGCUACCUGAGAUGUGGACACUUGGAGCCGCUCCAGUAAAGCCAACCAGACCUCCAACAGUUGAUCUGAGCUCUUACCAUCCAGGCCAAUUUAAAGAAGUAUCACCUGUUUGGUGCCAAACACCAAAAAACGAGGAAUUCUCUGUGCUGGAUGCUCCGGAUUUUCCAGACUUUGAGACUUCAGAGUUGGAAACACCAGAGGGCGAACCCGUUGACGUGGCUGCAUUAGAAAUUGAAGCCUUAAACAUAGUUGUUGGUAAUCUUACAACACCCCUCAGAUUUGAGGUUCCAGAUUAUGUGGCUCCAGACUGUGCCUCGUCAGUUUGGGAUCCAGUAGAGACCAAUAGGAGCCAUGUGGACCAAGAUCUAAACCUUGGCAGCCCACACAUAAUACCCCUUGAUCCAGCAAGCUUUCCUGAACCAGUAAACCUACCAGAGUUUCCAGAGCUGCCUCUACCAGAGCCCCCGUCCUACAGCGAAGAGGCAGCUGUAGAUGCGAAUCUCAAUUCUGGCUUUGCUGCGUCUGAUGUGGGUGCUGCUGAGAAACUGUCUAUCCAAGAGGAACCUGAGCUUGUAGACCAUCCAGCAUCAGGCUAUGAAACUCAAACCCAACCAAGCAAACCUCACCAGAACAGCUACUAUGAAACGUGUGAUAACCUUUAUGAAGAUGUUGAGAUCAAGAAGCUCCUUGAAAGCCAGAUAUCGGCGAAACAAAAAAGCAGACUGAAGCUGCUACAGUAUUGGUGUAAUUUAAUUAUCUCCUUUCCUCCAGAUCCAUACGCUAACAGGAACUCAAAGAAGGGGGAAGCAUGUCUUCACAAACGGCCGCGGCAUCCAUGGCAAAACACGAGCCCCAACACUGCAGAUCAUAAAGACCAGAGGAAGAGGGAGAAACAGCGACUUGAAAAGGAGAGAAAGGAGCAAAAAGAGAGGGAGAAGAAAGAAAAUGAAAUGAAAAAAAAGUUCAAAGUGACCGGGCAGGAGGAGGCGAUGUACCACGCUAAGGUCACCGGGGCCAGUAAAGUCCGGAAGAACGACCUGCCGGUGAAAAGCGGGGACACGGUCAGCAUAAUCCGAACCACCAACUGCCCUAAAGGCAAAUGGUUGGCUCGGGAUUCCAACAACAAGUACGGUUAUAUUUCAGUGAUGAAUGUUGAGCUGAAUAUCAAGGACAUGCUGGAACUCGGCAAAAAGGCUCAAGCAGCUGGACGAGGAGCCUAUGUGGAGCCUGACACCAUCAGCAUCGGAAGCAGAUCCUCCAACCCCCCUCUUCUGACAAGCAGCUGUAAGUGUCCAAAGCCUCUGUUCACAGAUGACAGCGAGGAGUGGGCCUGUGAGGAUGAAGUUCUUUCAGCAUCCUAUGAAAGCCAGAUUGCUCAGCAGACAGUUUCAGAGCCAGAAAUAUCAUGCGUUCAUGUGGAAGGACAGCAUACCCUCAGUGACAGUAACCUGGAAGACCAGCACACACAGACCGGCCAAGAAGCUCUGCAGAAACUGGCCUUGCUGUUUCAACAAAGCAAUGAUGAGUUUGGUGAUGGAGGAGCAGCUUCUAUCAAGUACAGUUCCUCUUACACAGCUCUGCCAACAGCUUGUUGUGUGCGGUUGAGGAGCCUCCGUACCCCGAACAGCAGAUUGACUUCACAGAGGUGGAGUUCCUCCCUCCUCCUCCUCUGUACGCCGACACCACCUGAUCUACGGGAGCUGCAGGACGGCCUUUCCAUAAUUAACAUUAGAUGAACUUUGGUAUCUCUUUGAUUUAACUUAGCCAGAAUUGCAAUUUUCACCAGAGGUUUUCACUCACUUUCCAUCACUUUUUAAUUUUCUUUAGAUUCUAUAAACUGAUGAUAAACACAGUUAUUGCACAGGAGUGGGUAGAAAUAAACAGUUUUUUUAUGUAUGUCUUUAUUUUUUGCAGCUGCUUUAAGU